CAACUAAUAAUAAUUAGUGACACAAUGGAUCCCAACUCUAAUUUUCCUCAGAACAUGACGAUCAACGUCCUAUGGAGAGGAGUAAUAUACAGUGGCCAGAUUCCCGUCACGGCAAGAAUUUUCGAAGUGAAACUAUUCAUCUCCGAAGUGCUUCACGUCCCAAUCCAACCAGACAAGCAAGACCUGACAUGGGCAAUGCAAUUCCUAAGGGAUGAACUGACUCUGCAAGACUAUCAAAUUCCUCCAUAUGGUACCCUUAUUGUCCUUCAAAAAAUUAGAGUCACGAUCUACGAGUCAGAGGGUGGUGGGUUUUAUUAUGAGUACAUAGUUUACGAUGGUAUUUAUGUGCGUGAGUUGAAGGCGAAACUUCACGCAGAUUUAGGUGUCGUCGUCGAAAAUAAGGUACUCCGAAUGGGGAAUACUGAUCUUAAUGAUCAUGCUCUACUGUGGGUUGCUGGAGUUGAGGACGGAGCUACGUUAUAUCUCGUUGAGUGUCAUUUUGGGUAAGUGAGUGAGACGAUAAGGGAGACUUGAAAAAUCCUACAAGAGUUCAAUUUAGACAAAAAUAAAUUGGAGGUUAUAAUUAAUUUAGUCUUUGGAUAGUCGAAAUAAAUAUGUAUCUGUUGGAUGAUGCAUAUAUGAUAUAUGCAAUGAAGAAUGAUCUGUU